UCUUUCGUUCCUUUCAUUACUUUCAUUCAUGUCUUCACUCAAAGAAAACAAAAAAGAAAAACCCUAACUAGCCUUCGCCGCCGAACGGAGUGAUCCACUGCCGCCAUUCGUGGCUGUCCGAGAAGUCUUUCUUCGUACUGUCGGUGUUAUCCAAGUCAAACCCCCUGUUAGCUGUCUUCUUCCUCGCUCGGCGCCCAUCCUCCAUCGAAUUCGUCCUGCUCGCGGUCGUCCUGUCGCCGUUGCCGUCGUCUCGUCGCCCUCUCGAAGUGUAUAUUCCUUGCCAGGGAAAACGGAUGGAGCUUUUGUGCAUCAAACAAUGAAUAAGUGGCCUUCUUCCAACCUUGGUUAUUCUGGCUAUUCUUUAAAAGCUGCUUUGAUGAUUAAUUAUGACCCAGCUGGACCGUCUUUCUGUCUACCAUAGAAGUGGCUUCGUGCAUGGUGCAUAAAACCUGCUGGUGGAGCACUUGUUAGGCAGGAGCCAGAAUGUACCUUGUUAGCCUUUUUUCUGGUUGAACCAUAGUUAGACCGGUUGAACAAGUAAAUCAGUGAACCAAUUAUUAGAGUGGUUCGAUGACCAGUCCGGUUUUCAGAACCUUGCUUGUCUGAGUCGUCUCACACUCACACAGAAGCAGCAGCAUCAGCAGCUCUGCUCAUACAUUACGUCACCGGCGUCUCGUCCUGGACUUGUGGCUUCUGGUUUGUGCCGUCGUCUUCUUGGCCUCGCCGGUCGCUCUUCGUCUUGCCUCUGGUAGCUGCUCGCUGUGAUUGUUUUUUUUGUAAGGAAUGAGUCGCUUGCAAGGAUCUUCUUCCAGCCUUAAACGGAAGCGAGAGUUGGCUUUAGUUUCUGAUACUUUGACAGAUGGAGAGCGUGUACUCUAUAAUCUCAUUCUUAGCAAGAGAGACAUGGGGAUCUGGUCAGGAGACAUGAAAAGAGAAACAAACCUCCCAGAUAAUGUGGUGAAAAAAUCCCUUAAGUUGCUUCAGUCGAAGGGCUUGAUCAAGGAGGUUGUUAACAUCCAAAACAAAGCAAGAAAGCACUACAUGGCAGCACAGUUUGAACCAUCCAAGGAAAUCACAGGUGGGGAUUGGUAUAGCGAAGGGAAUCUUGAUAAAGAGUUAAUAAAUGCCGUGAAGAGCGUGUGCUUGAAGUACAUUUCCAGGCAGAAAGUUGUUACGUGUGAUGGAGUUCUGGAAUGGAGCAGAAAGAGUGGGGUCUUCACUGCCGAAGUCUCAAACCAGCAGAUAGAAGAGAUUUUGCGAACUCUGGUUUUGGAUGAUGAGAUCAUAGAGGUGAAAAGCACUGGAUACGGGGAUUUUGAAAAUGUUCCUGUUGGCAGAGUUUGUUACAAAUGCAAAAGCAAGGGUGGUGUCAGAGGAGAACCAAAAGAUGGUGCCAUGUCUUCAAUUCCAUGUGGUGUUUGUCCACGGAUAAACUUCUGUAGCCCAGAUGGCAUUGUUUCCCCAAGAACUUGCGUCUACUAUCAGAAGUGGUUGGACUUCUGAAUGAAUCAAAGACGAGUCAUUAGUAUGAUAUGAACCUCCAAGGCUUAACAAAUGUCAUCUUCCUUUGGUAUUAAGAUUGCGAUGUUGGUUAGCUCAACUGGUUCAAAGGUCCACUUAGCAGAUUGCACAGGAUUUCAUCCUACUUGGUGGUCAUUCAGCAAUAUUGAUUAGCAUUUGUGAAUCUACAAUGAGAGGAGGAAGUGAAAAAAGAAAAGAAAACUAUUUGCUUUACAUUUGCACUUUCAAAUUUCAACAUGUUUGUCAAGUGGAUCCAAUAUGUUUGUUUUGUCUCCUAAGAUUUUAUUGCUUUUGGAAGAUUUACUACAAUGCGGAACUUGCUGCGGUUGGCAUGACUGAGCAUCUUCUGAAGCAUGAAAAUGAUUGAAGUGCAACUUCGUAUUUGAAGCAAAAAACUCGAGUAGAAUUGAGCGAGGACAAAUCAAUUAAAGAUGAUACCAGCAUAUAUUUAAUUUGAUUAGAAUCUACUAGAUUUUACGAUAUGUAUUUUGAUCUUUAAUAUACUAGCAUAUUCACUUUUCUGGUUACAUAUUUUCCACUUUCUUGAUUACAUUGUAUUUUAGCCCGAGAUUGAAAGGGAUUCUACUUUGCUUAUACUUGAAUUCCAAAACACAUUUGGAAGAAGAGAAACCCAAAAGGGAAAAAAAAGAGAACUGAUAUAUUUGAUACUUUCUUUUU